AGUUGUUUAAUAAUAUUCAAGGCAAACAUUAGUAUUGAGCAGUACCUGUCUCAACAGACAAGUCUUGGAAGGAUCAUAGACAGUAUGGGGUCUCUCUCACUGGCGAUGAAUCCAGACCAGGUAUUAAAUGUGAAGAGGAAGACCCAGUAUAAUGUGAAGAUAUCAGAGGACAAAGGUGGGUUUUGUUCCAUCAUGGGCAUUUGUAGCCUGCCAGGUGGUCAGGUUAUUGUUGCAGAUCGUAAUAAAAAUAGAGUGAAGAUGUUAAACCAGCAUUAUGAUGUUUCCAGUCACUGUGAUGUGUCUGGUCCUCCAUUCGACAUUUGCCAAAUCACAUCCAGUGAGGUGGCUGUAACUGUUGAUAAAGCUGUGCAAUUUAUCUCUGUGAUCAAUCAGAAGCUGAAGAAUGGGAGGAAGGUCCAGUUACCACAUAAUGCCUGUGGUAUUGCCUUCCAUCAGGGAGCCCUGUAUGUCACCUCUGGCAUUGCAAUUUACCACUACACUCUGACGGGAUCACUUGUAAAAAAGCUGUAUGAGGACGCAAGUGGCUCUUUUACAGUGUGGAAGUGUGCAGUGAGUCCUGCUGGGGACAGGAUCUAUGUCACCAACAAUCCCCAACACAAGCUCAUCACUCUGGCAACAGAUGGCACCCUGCUAUCCACCUUCAUGGACUCUGAACUACUAAACCCACAGGGUUUACAUGUCACACCUGCAGGACAAGUCAUUGUCUGUGGAUACAGCUGUCGUACUGUCAUACAGGUGGAUAGUGAGGGAAGAAAGAAACUGGCAACUCUGGUAUCACAUCAUGAUGGCCUUCCAGCUUCUGUCUGCUACAACAUGAAUACUCACCAGAUCAUUGUGGGACUAUAUUGUAACAAUAAAAUCAUAGUUAUGGAUUUGCAGUAGCUCUUCCAGUGGAAAAAGAAACAUUGAUAUCAACAUGUUUUUUUAGUUAUAUACUUUUUAUGAAUUGCACAUUUAAUCUUAUGUGUCUAUGUAUAGAUAAGACAAAAACUUAGUAAUUCAUUUUAUCUUUUGGUUAUUAUUUUAGCUUUUGAAAAUGUGUUGUUUUGAUUCUGUAAAUAUUGUACAAAACUAGCCUGAUAUGGUAACCACUAUAUAAUUAUGAGUUCUUUAGUCUUGCUUCAUAUUAGAUAAACAAUAAAAAUAUCUUAACUUAAUAUGUCCUACCUUACCGAUAGCCUUCACCCUUCCAAAAAAAAUUUGAAGUAUAAUUAAAUCUUUUUCUAAGGAUUUGAUGAGUUGUUAAAUUAAUUGUAUCAAUUGGACACCUGCUUAUAAAUUGACGAACAAAAAUUAAACGGCCUUGUGUCUCAGAGACAAUAUAUUCAAAAUUGAACAUGCAGUGAUGUAAAUUGCAAAAAAACAAACAGAUUUGCCUAUUGAUUUAUCUAUCAUCAGCUACCUGUGGUAGGCAGUGGCAAACAAACAAUAGUUUGUAGUUUUUGUUUUAAAUGUUGUUGGUUACAAAACAAAUGUUUUUUUAAGAAAAAAACAGUAUGAUGAAUGUAGGUAAUACAGUCAUGUACUGUUAUCAUGUGUAGUUAUUAUGUUGAUGUAUAAUUAUUUUAUUUUUUGUAUACUCUGAUAAAAUGUGUGGAAUGAUCCAUUUGCAAGUUAUGAGAGAUAAAUAUGUUUUUGUUGUUAAAUUUAUUUUUAAUAAAACUUAUGGUUCAUAUGUGCCAUUUCCCUA